AUGGAGCAGUUGCUUUCCCGGACCGUCAAGUUUGCAUUCCCGAUUGGAAUUGGGAUGAUGGUACUUUCGGAGUCCAUGUACAACGUUCCUGCGGGCCAGCGCGUUGUCAUUUUCGACCGUCUCAAGGGCAUUCGCGCUAAACCUAUGGAGGAAGGUACUCAUUUCCUGAUCCCUUGGUUGCAAAAGCCGAUCUUUUUUGAUGUCCGUCUGCAAUCAAAGGUAAUCACAACCAACACUGGAAGCAAAGAUAUGCAACGAAUCAGCCUUUCUCUCAGGGUGCUUUUCCGCCCGCGAAAAGAGAAUUUGAAUACCAUCUACUCUCGUCUGGGCCCUGAUUAUGCCGAGCGAGUUCUUCCAUCCAUAGGAAAUGAGGUUUUAAAAGCUGUAGUUGCACAGUUUGAUGCCGGGGAGCUGAUUACUCAGCGCGAACCGGUCUCUCAAAAGAUACGUGAAGAGCUAACGAUGCGAGCACAGGAAUUUAACAUUGAGCUCGAAGAUGUCUCCAUUACGCAUCUUUCCUUUGGAAAAGAAUUCACCCUGGCCGUUGAGCAGAAGCAAGUUGCCCAGCAGGAUGCCGAGCGGGCCAAGUUUGUCGUUGAAAAGGCCGAGCGAGAAAAAACGGCCGCAGUGGUGCGCGCAGAGGGAGAGUCACAGGCGGCUUCUCUGAUUUCACAGGCGAUUGAGCGUUCCGGUUCCGGACUAAUUGAGCUACGUCGCAUCGAGGCAGCCAAGGAGAUUGCCUCUGUAUUGUCGGCCUCCUCAAAUGUCACCUAUUUGCCUUCAGGGUCAAACACAGGCCCCUCACUGCUUUUGAAUAUCAAGUCGUGA